AUGCAGGUUGUCCUGGCAGGAAGGCAUGUUUUCAACUUCUCCGGAUUCUUCAACCCAGCUUUGGUGUUCUCGUUCCAGCAGCCUGGCGUGCUGUAUGAAUCGAGAUCUAAUGAUGGUACUGCCGUGACCUUACGAGACAACACUGGGAUCCUUGAGACUUACCUACAGUCAUACCCCCGCACUGGAUCAUCGAAUGACUUCCAGUAUGCUUAUGUUCCAUCCUUCAGGUGCUCGGCGCCUUACACGUACUACACCUGCCUCAAUGCCAACUACGACUCGACCGCCAGCUGGCAGCUCGUUUACUCCGACGUGCUCAACAAAGACUACAGCAUCGACUUUUCCAACACCUCCUUGCAGUACAGCUUCCAGACCCCCCAGCUGUGCGAGUGGCGGACAGGAGCAGUAGACGCGUCGGUGAGCAGAGGAGUGUACGACGGAGUGAGGUCGAGCAGGGUGGAGGAGAUCAUCGCGGCGCUGCAAUCAGCUAGCAAGAGCUACACUUUCUACAACAGCUCAGAGACAGGUUGGACAACCUAUGCGAUUGCGGUAAAGGGAUCAGGGACGGUACCUUGCUUCGACUGCGCGUGUAGGGAAGCAAUGUCAGUAGUCCCUGCCGGUGACAACGGGAGGUGCUCGAUGCAGAUGUGCAACGUGAGCGGGUGCGCGCGGAGCUUGGCAGAUACACCGGUGCCGUCAUGUGCGAUGGACAAGGUCAACCUGCCAGGGAUGGCGGUGGGGAGUGGGGGAGCCAGCUACCAGGGAACCACUUGGAGCUGGCAAGGAGUGUGGAAGUCCCCUGGAAGCCCUCCGAAUCCAUCAGGACUGACAGCAGGGAGCUCCCGAGUUCACCGAAGCCACAGGCUGCUGAUACUAGCAGCCUGUGUCAGCGCAGCCUUUACAGGCUUUGACGUAUGCGAGUCAAUGCGUUCAACGCUGUGCGGCGUGAUCGGACUGGCAGCCGCUGCCAGUGCUGAGCCGGGAUCACGGACUCACAGAACUACCCGGUGA